AUGGACUCUUCUACGCACUCGCUUUCUUUUUCUAUUACCACUCCAGUCGACUCACGACAUACGGAUAUGGGCGCUGCCCUCUCUGCUGUCCGCAACGGCCGCAAACGGAGAGCCGAUGCCCACCAUGACGAUGUCGGAUCGCCCAAUAACAGGCAUUCUAAGCGCAUGCGCGAGGAGCCGUUAUCCCCAGGACGCAUGUCUGAAGCCCCUGAGAGCGCUGAUACUACCCUUGUCGACGAUACCGACGAUCAUCAUCACCACCACCACCAAGAUCUCAAGGGAAAGGCCCGCGAUACUUUUUCAUCAUCCGCUGUUUCGACGAUACUUCCUCCACAUGACGUUCCAACCCCCCACGACGACCGAGGGGCUCGUCUUGUCGACGAAAUCGAGUCCGAGCUUCGUUGUGGAUGUUGCACCGAACUGGCUUAUAAUGUGAUUAUCUACCAUCUCCUCAAAUUUCCUCCAACUAACCUAUUUCUAGCCUGUCUCUUUGAGUCCAUGCCACCACUUUUUCUGUGGGUCAUGUAUGACUCUCCAUUUGUCACACUCCCGCAACGCUCCGAAUUACACCCGGGCCACCUGUCCAGCAUGCCGCACCUCUCCACAGGUAUCGCUCCCAGCAGGGUGGUCCAAUCACUCGUUGCUGCGCUACUUCGCGUGUACCCCGAACGUGCUCGCACGGAACGAGAGAGAGCACAAGCAGACGAAAUAUACAUCGCCGGCCGCGAAAUACCGAUUCCUCCUCCACGACCACAAAACCCCGAUGCCCUUCUCCCCCAACAACAAAACUCCGCCAACGACCACCUCGCACGACCUUGCCCUCACUGUGCCCCGAAUAACACCUUCGAUUGGACAUGUCCUCGACCGAUUCCCAAUCCUGAUACCGACCACGCCAACGCCUGGAACCUCGAAAAUGGUCCCCCACCGGGCCACAACUACUGCGGCGCCUGGGUACACUUGAAUCUCACUCGCAGAAUUGAUGGCCCUGACUUUGCGACUGUGGCAGGAUUAAUCGAGAGCGACCGGAUAUACGACAUUUUCAAUAACAAUUCAAUCGAAGUCGAUAUCCUCUUUGACUAUCUUCGAGAAGCAGAGAUCACACCUAACAUGAUCUACCUAGACAUAAUCGACCAUAUUUUGGCGACACCUGAAGGGUUUGAGCCAAUGAUCGCCCGGGACGCAUUUAGAGGAUCUCACCCUGUGGAUAUGCAUGUGCCAGAUGCGCAGUAUACUGCGGCGCGGCCAAGGGAACAACUUCCGAGCGUCUUGUUUUCCGAAUUUACAGACGAAGAGGAUAGCGAUGAUGAGCGAGAAGAUGAAAGGAGACGGACUGGUGUUUCGGCGAGUGGAGCCAAUGGAAACUCGGGAAGGUCAGCAAACGAGAACUCUGGUGAACCAGUGAACGAAGGUUCCGUGGACUUGGCCAACGGGGAAAUAUCACCAACCACUGUCUUGCCCCGCCUGGCCGAUCUAAUGCGUACGAUGCGGGAUACCGAGACGCCUCCCUCGUUGACUUUACCAGCCGUGUCUCGUAGAGAGCAAAACAGUUCUAUGUCCCCUGUUCUUGUGCCAUCAUUCGUAGCUCCCAUCUCUGUCCCGCCGCUCACCUCGACGUCUUCCAUCAACCCACCACCGCCACCAUCACCACCCCGUCGACGCCGAAUCUGCCGAGAAUGCGCUACCGAGGUGUUUUUAUCUGGUCUCAAGGACUGGUGGUCGCGUGAAAUGCGCACGUCAAUUGGGAAGGAACGGUUACCUGUUUGGGUAGUGUCCAGGCGGGUGUGUGAAAAUGGGGAAACGUGUAGCGAGCAGAUCAAUAAUGACCAUGCAAAGGCUUGUUGUCAUAUCACUGGUCCAGUAGCAGGCGCGGGUUCAUAG